UUUUAAUGAUCCCUAUUCCUACCAUGAAGGUGCUGUCUGGGAUCUUUGAAUACUUGGACUGGGAAGAUAUUCUGGCAGUGCGUGUCGUCAGCCGACAAUGGAAGGAAGUGGGAGAUUUCCACUUCAGAGAGAGGGGGAAGGUCGUCUGCGAUGCCCCACCUGACUUUGACAUCACCGGAAUCCUGAAGAUGCUCUCUUCGUGGUCCGUCGUCCCUCGUUCCCUCGUCUUCAAGAACGUGGCCCUCGAAGGCUCGGGAUCGGACGACGGAAAGCAAGUGCUCGAAGACACGAGAGAGCUCGCAUUAUUGUCGUGUUCUGUGCACCCGGACGCAUUGGUUCGGCUCCUGACGAGUUCUCCGCGGCUGAGCCGUCUCUGUAUCCACGAUCCGUGCGUUGCCUUUCUGUGUCUUCCCCUUCGACUCCAUCCGGGAUCUCUCCCUUCGGUGCAGUGCCUGGACCUGAGUUCUACGCGCCGCCUCGACGACUCCCUUCUUACAGUCUUUUGGCGAGCUUGCCCCAAUUUGGUGCAGUUUUCCCUCUCUGCCUCGAAUCUGGCCUCCAACCCAGCCAUCUUCCGUCGCUUCUACCCGAGAGGCUCGGAGGAACCGACGAAUAACGUCCUCACGAUGCGACAUCUCGAACGCCUCGUGUGUUCCAAGGAAAAGUUUCACUCUCUCUCACUGACUCACAUGAACUUGAACUCCUCCUCUCUCUGCAACAUUCUGUGCAAGACAUCCAUUCUGCUUGGCUUCCUUGACUUGAGUGGCUGCAGGGAAUUGUCAUCGCAGUGUUUGGUGGAAAUAAUCGAGAGACAGAAAUCAUUGCAUGGGCUUCGACUCGCGGGGACGAGCGGCGUUUCGGACCCUGUUCUCUCUCGGAUUUGUACCCACCUUCCCUUCUUGAGGGACCUGUCGAUGGGUGAUGGUUCUGUCUCCUUCUCGAAAGGUGUUCUUGAAGGACUUCAUGGCCUUCAAGACUUAAACAAUCUUAAAAUUUCCUGUCAUGGCGAUUUUCGCCUGGUUGGCUUGAAGCAGCUGAGAUGUUUAUCCCUUGAAUAUUGUUAUCUCAGACCCAAUCCGUGUGAUGAACAGACUUGUCAGCCACAGCAACUGAGAGAACUGUACCUCGAACGAUGCUCAACAAUCACAGACUUAGAUAUGCAGGUUCUUCUGGGCACAUUGAAAAAUCUCGUUGUUCUGAGGCUUCGGGAUCUUCCUCUCACGGACUUCGCUUUCUCCCGUAUGGUCAAUUCUGCUGGAAUUGUCUUAUCAGGGCUGACACCUGAGAUGAAGGAAAGGGGCUUCUGGGAAGUGAGCACCAAGAGCGAAACUGAGAGGCGCCUUGUGAGGGAGAUAAAGGCCAAAGAAGCCUCAGAGGAGCUACUGGUAUCCACUUGUGGUGGCGCAGAUCCCCCCUUAAGGAAGCUCCAACAUCUGAGGGAGUUGGCAAUGAUAGGGAUGAAGAACAUCACAGAUGUCACUGUGAUCUCAGGGAUUCAAGACCAAGCUCUUCAGCAUCUCAAUCUCUCCUACUCUCCUCUAAUCAGCAAUCUGAGCAUGGUGCACUUGAGUGGGUUACCUGAGGUGGCAUCCUUGAGAAGCUUGAAUGUAUCAGGCUGCACCCAGAUCUCGGACGACGGUCUUGCUCGGCUCCUCCAUCGCACCCCUCAUCUGCGGGAAUUUUCCUUCCGGGAGUGUACUGGUGUGACAAGGGCUACACUGAAGUGCCUGGAGAAGCACUGCCCUCUGACCCACCUGAUCUCUGUUAACAGAGAUCAGGUGAUCAGUUUCCCCUUCGUUCGCUUCGAAGUCAACCACAGCUCGCCGCUUCAUCUGUUAUCAUCCUCCGUUCCAUUAUCAACUGCAGACAAAGUAAUGCACGAAGAG